AUGCUGAACUAUCGCUCUGCCUUCUCCUCGCCCAGUCCGAAUAAUACGCCGUCUCUGGAGCCUUCACCGAAAGAGAGCCUUGAGUCUCUCGUGAAACAUGGCGAGAACGAUACUGGCGACAAUAGCUUCGGAUUCCCUUUGGAGAGGAUGGUCCCCCUCGAGCGUAUACGUCGCCAUCAAAGCUCAAGUUCGGAGUCUCCGGAUGAUUCGGAUGAACAGGAGGAAGAUCGCUUACCUUGGCCGCUCUCUAUGCCGUCAUCCUCGUCUCUGGUAUCACAAAGGGCGAACUUUGAGAAGGUAGUAGACGAAUAUAUGGAGCAUCAUGCGAGUAGUGCGCCGUAUAACAUGAUCUUUGUGGAGAACCUACUAGACGAGCCGUACUCCCCGUCAUCAUCGAUGCUCAUCAUGCAUGCCCCUUCCGACAGCAUCGAGCUGCACCUACUUCAGACCCUGGACCGCGAUCCGCUGCGUGACGACCCUUGGAACCCCGCUCCUCGCAUUCUGCAUCACACGACGCGGGGCACAAUCACCGUCGUCUGCUUUGAACGGCUAUUCGAGUACGACCAGCCGCCAAUGGUCACCGUCGCGAAUGUCGUCGACUUCGUACGCCAAGCACUCGAAGGCUUGACCUUCCUACACGAGAACCGCAUCGCACACCGGGCAUAUGGAGACGCUGGCGCCGUCAUGGUUGAUAUCGGGAUGAGCGACCCCAACAAGUUCGAUCGCGCAACCUUGCCAGUUCAAUACUACCGCGUCGACUUUUCGCACGCGGAGCAAUUGAAACCAGAUGCUUCGCUUCACUGCGCGGCUCUCAUUCAGGACGUUCGCGAUUGUGGGAGGAUGUUCACUGCGCUGGUGGAUGAGGUGCCUCCCAUUGGGCGCAAACUACAGACAUUGAUAAAUGCUAUGGACUCUGGGGAGUACGGUGCGGAUGAUGCGCGCAAGCUAUUUGAGGCACUUUGCAGGACGAUUGAUCACACGACAUACGAGACGCCAUUGUCAACCUUACUUGCUGCGCCUGGCCCUUGA